AUGAGGCACUUUCUUCACAAGUACACGCACUUGAGGAAAGACCCCCAACUUCGUGCGCGUGACCUGGAAGAUGUCGGAACGGCCGCAAAGAUAGAUCGAGCGAUGCAAGUUGUGCUGCGUGAGACUUCGACGAUGUCAGGAUCAACGUCUCCCGAUAUCUUGUUCCAAGAGCUCAACCUCGGUGCUGAGGGCCUCGGCAAGACGAGCACGGCGGUGUAUGCGUUCAACACGAGGAAUGCAAGCAACGCGUUCGAGGUGGCAUGCAAAGCUAUCCUGAGCACGUGCGGAGUUUGGCCCGAUCACACCCGCGUGGAAACCUCCACCAAGUUUGUCGACGUGCCCCGCACUGAGUUCAACGUUAUGUGCAGCAUGACAAAGCAUCGCUACGUGCACAACUCCACGAAGGAGCAGGCUUGCAUCGAGACAAGGGACCUCUACUACUCACGCAUGGUCGGCUCGUGCGGCGUGCUGGUGUGGGACUAUGUGGAUUCGGACGACCUGUACCCGUUGAAGGGCAGCACGUUUAUCAAGCGCAACACCGUCGGAGCAUGGGUGAAACGCCCCGAAACUUGCCCGGACGGCGUGGAGCGAAUGGUCUGCAGGAGUAUCUGCACCGAAAUGAAAGUCCUCGGGAACGUCCUCAGGCCAGCAUUGGACGGGGCCGAAGCGGCACGGAUCGAGGACAUUAUGAUUUUCAUGGAACUGAAGGGGAGGGCAGCCGACUGGAACGACGAGUUGACAGCUAACUUUUGA